GCCUCUGGCCUCUAGCCACUUCCCUCGUGUCAUGGCCCCGAAACGGCAAUCUGCGCUUCUGCCUCAGUCCAAGAAACCCAAAUCGGCUCCGUCCCCGAAACUGGAGGACAAGUCUGCCUCUCCCGGCCUGCCGAAGGGAGAAAAAGAACAGCAAGAAGCAAUUGAACACAUUGACGAAGUACAAAAUGAAAUAGACAGACUUAAUGAACAAGCAAGUGAGGAAAUACUAAAAGUAGAACAAAAAUAUAAUAAACUCCGCCAACCGUUUUUUCAGAAGAGGUCAGAAUUGAUCGCUAAAAUCCCAAAUUUUUGGGUAACCACAUUUGUCAACCAUCCACAAGUGUCUGCACUGCUUGGGGAGGAAGACGAAGAGGCUCUGCAUUAUUUAACCAGAGUUGAAGUAACAGAAUUUGAAGACAUUAAAUCAGGUUACAGAAUAGAUUUUUAUUUUGAUGAAAAUCCCUACUUCGAAAAUAAAGUUCUCUCCAAAGAAUUUCAUCUGAAUGAGAGUGGUGACCCAUCCUCAAAGUCCACUGAAAUCAAAUGGAAAUCUGGAAAGGAUUUGACAAAACGCUCGAGUCAAACACAGAAUAAGGCCAGCAGGAAGAGACAACACGAAGAGCCAGAGAGCUUCUUUACCUGGUUUACUGACCACUCUGAUGCAGGUGCAGAUGAGUUAGGAGAAGUCAUCAAAGAUGACAUUUGGCCAAACCCCUUGCAGUACUAUUUGGUUCCUGAUAUGGACGAUGAAGAGGGAGAGGCAGAAGAUGAUGACGAUGAUGAUGAAGAAGAAGAAGGCUUGGAAGAUAUUGAUGAAGAAGGAGAUGAAGGUGAAGAAGAUGAAGAUGAUGAUGAAGGGGAAGAAGGAGAGGAGGAUGAAGGCGAGGAUGACUAGCAGAGAAGACUGAUG